UCUCAUGUCACAUGGGCUGGCUUGCUCCGCAUGUGUCAUUAAUUGUCAAGAAUGCUGUUCAAGAGCUGGCUGAUCGGCAGAUAGGCAGUGCAAAGGAACAGGAUUUGAGACAGCCCAGGGUUUCCUCUUCAAAGAAAUCAAGAUGACUGAGAAGGAUGCUCAGCCACAACUGGAGGAGGGGGACGAUGACCUGGACAGCAAGCUCAACUACAAGCCACCCCCUCAGAAGUCCCUUAAGGAGCUGCAGGAGAUGGAUAAAGAUGAUGAGAGUCUAACCAAGUACAAGAAAACCCUGCUGGGAGACGCUCCUGUGAUAGCAGACCCAACGGUCCCUAAUGUGACUGUUACCCGGCUUAGCCUUGUUUGUGACAGUGCACCAGGGCCAAUCACCAUGGAUCUUACUGGUGACCUCGAAGCCCUCAAAAAGGACACAUUUGUGCUAAAGGAAGGUAUUGAAUAUAGGGUCAAAAUUAACUUUAAAGUGAACAAGGAUAUUGUGUCGGGCCUGAAGUAUGUUCAGCACACGUACCGGACUGGAAUGAAAGUGGAUAAAGCUACGUUCAUGGUUGGCAGCUACGGGCCCCGUCCAGAGGAAUAUGAGUUCCUCACUCCAGUAGAGGAGGCCCCCAAAGGCAUGUUGGCCCGAGGUACUUACCACAACAAGUCCUUCUUCACGGAUGACGACAAGCAGGAUCACCUCACCUGGGAAUGGAACCUGGCCAUUAAGAAGGAUUGGACAGAAUGAGUGCAUCUGUCCAUUCCUCCCCUACAUUCCCACCAGAAGAAUCCUCCCAGCCAUGCCAAUCAUGUUCUCCCUCCUCCCUCCCUGUUCACAGCUGGAUCCGCUCUACUCACACACACACACACACACACACACACACACACACACACACACACACACACUCCUCAUUGAUGUCUUUUAUCUCACCUCAUCUCUUAAACCCUAGGCUUUAACCCUGCGUGUUCCUUUAAACUUCCCCCCCCCCCAGCAGGGCCAGAGUUCCAAAGUUCUCCAUGUCAUUUAGCGUCACCCCCCCCCCUUCUUCUGAUUGGAGUACUGGAGGCCAGGAAAUGGGCAAGCCAUCACUGAUGGGAUUCCCUGUCACGCUCCUUGCCAGCGGGGGUUCUUCUUUUGGAAAAGAAUAAAUAACUGUGUGUGUGACUGAGAA